AUGAUGAGAAGUGCACUUGCGUUUAGUCAUUUACUCUCCAAAGAAGUAAUUAAUAGCAGCUCUCCAGUUGUUUCGGACAAGAAAUUAAUAUUCUCUGAGGUAGAUGAUGCUAAUGCCCCUGAAAUUGUAAAAACAAUAAUCGAAAAUGGAAUUACAACUAUAGUUUAUAGCAUUUCCGAUGCGGAUGUUUUUGAUAUGCUGGAACCGUAUAUAUUAAUGGUUGAAAAUUUAGAAAUUGAUGAAUAUCCAGGAGAUACUUUAUAUUUAAAUCAUGAGUAUUUACGAAAUCUAAAAUCUAUUACAAUUCCAGGAACUAUCCAAACUAUUGGACAAUCUUGUUUCCAAUAUUGCAAAUUUACAAGUAUUGAUCUGAAAAAUGUUACAACCGUUUUAGGCGCUGCAUUUUUUGUGUGUAGAAAUUUAGAAACAAUUGUCGCACCUAAAUUAAUUAAUAUUAAUAGUCAAUUUGCUGAUUAUUGCUUCCAAUUAAGUUCCAUUACAACAGGUGAAUUAAGGAGUAUUCCAGCUCAGGCAUUUAGACAAUGCAGAAAAUUAUCAAGCAUAAACAUUUCAAAAAUAACUACAAUUGGUGAAGAAGCUUUCAGAUAUUCAGGUAUUACUUCAAUUUCAAUUCCAAAGGAUUGCACAGAGAUUGGCAAAUAUGCUUUUGAAAAUAGUGCAUUAACAUCAAUUAUAUUUGAUGAUAGUCAAACCAGUGAAAUAAAAAUAAAUCAAUAUGCAUUUGCAAAUACAUUUAUUUCAAGCAUUUAUUUACAUAAAGCUGUGAGACAUUACAUGUUCUAUACAGGCUAUCUAUGUGCAUAUUGCAGCAAACUAGAAAAUAUUACUUUUCAUAGUUCGAUAACAAGCAUAGAAAGUCAUUUUGCAUACAUGUGCACAAAUCUUAAGAGUGUUGAUGCAAAAGGAAUCACAAGAGUCGGAACGAGUGCAUUUGAAAUGUGUAUUAAUUUGGAGUCUGUAACAUUUGAAAAAGUAACUAGAUUUGGUUAUAACUGCUGCAGAUAUUGCUCCAAACUUAACGCAACUUUUAAUAAUAAUGCAGCAAUUGUGUUCGAUUGGAGUUCAUUUGCAUUCUGUGAGAAACUUUCAUUUGACUUGAUGGCAGAAAAUUGGCAAUUAGAUCUGAAAACAUUUUUUGGUUGUAAUGGUUUCACUAGCUUAAAAUUAGGAUCUCAGCUCAAAAGUUAUGGUACAUUCAAAGGUUGCAUGGGACUCAAAAGUGUCGAGAUUUUAGGAAGCAUUACAUCAAUCACAGAAAAUUGCUUCCAAAAUUGCACAAACCUUGAAAGUAUAAGUUUCACUAGUAAUCUCACAUCAAUUGGAUAUUCAGCAUUUGCAUCAACUGCAUUAAAAGGAAAAUAUGAUUUUACAGGAAUUCAUUUAGGAUACUAUGCAUUCGAAAAUACAAAAAUUGAAGAAGUUACUAUUGGUACUGGCGAAUGUAUGGUUUUCGAAAAUUGUGCCAAUCUAAAAACGGUUAAUAUAAAUAGUAGUAAUUUCAUUGUUGGACCUUUAAUUAAUACUAUUAAUGUUGAAUUCAAAUUUUUAAGCGGUGGUGAAAAUAUCACCAUGGAUAAUAACAUUUUAUUAUAUAAAUUUACAGAUAAUACCGGCACUUAUAAACAUUUAGUAGGAUUUCUUCCAAAUUAUAAUGAAAAAACAAUAACAAUUACUGAUUUUUCUUCAAUUCAUCCAUAUGCAUUUUCUUUAUGUGAUAAAAUUACAAAAGUGAUUAUUGAUGGAACAAAUGUCUUAAUAAAAAGAAAUGCAUUUUCAUAUUCUAAUGUCAAAUCUAUUGAAAUAAAGAAAAUUGGACAAACAUAUAUCCCACAGUCUAUGUGCUCUGGUAAAAGCAAAAUCCAGAAAAUAGUAAUUCCAGAAGGAGUAACAUCCAUAAGCUCGUUUGCAUUCUAUAGUUCCACCGAAUUAACCAGUGUGAAAUUACCAUCAUCUAUAAGAAUCAUUUCAGAUCGUGCAUUUUAUUAUUGUAUUAAAUUAAAGUCAAUAGAUCUAAGUAAUGUUGUUUAUAUUGAUAAUAAAGCAUUUUCUGAAUGUGAAUCAUUAAACGUUGAAUUUUCGGAAAAUUUGAAAGAUAUCUAUAAUAACGCAUUCGAAAAUACAAAUGUAAAGAAUGUUAUCUUUCCUAAUUCUCUUCAAUUUCUUGGAAUACAUCCAUUCCAGAAUUGCCGGAAUUUGAAGUCAAUUAAAGUUGGAAAUGGAAUUACUUGGAUUGAUAGGAUUGCAGUUGAUUGUCCAAAAUUGGAGAAAGUUAUUUUACCAUCAACAAUUGUGAAUAUUUCGAGUAAUUCGUUUGAUAAUAGUCCUUCAGUUGAAGUUGAAAUUGAUUCUGGAAAUCCAUAUUUUGAAGCACAUGAUCAUGUAAUAAUCGAAAAAUCUACGAAGAUUGUUAUUGCAUCAUAUGGAACAUUACCAAAAGAAUAUGAAGUUCCAGAUGGUGUUGUAUCUAUAAGACAAAUUUCAACUAAUAAACACUCUGAAAAAGUACAAAAUGAUAAUGUUUAUCUUGGAAUUUCUGCAGCCAUUAUUAAAUAUCCAAAGUCAAUGAAAUAUUUUGAAAGCGUAAAACCAUAUUUGAUAUGCAGCGAUUCCGAAGCGAUAUUAUUGGAAUUUUACAGUGCUAAACCUUAUAAGGAUUGUAAAACGAAACUUCCCGACUAUUAUUACUGGAGAUUCAACCGCGGUAUGACUACUGCUGAAAUUGUACUUACAGUAAUAUUAGUUCUCAUUGUCGUGGCAAUAACUACUUUAACCAUCGUAUAUUUUGUAUGCAUCAAAAAAAGGAAAGUAGUUGAUGAGCAAAAUCCAUAA